AUGGCUUGCAUUAAGCUGAAAAAACUGGAGACACUUUUGCAAAGCGUUGACGAUUUCGUCAAACCGGAAGUGAAACUCGAGCAGUACAUGACACCGCCGCAUAUUGCCAGUCAGGCGCUCUACGAUAUUCAAACUAAGUUCAAAGAUCUGGAAGAAAGAUCGGUUUUGGAUCUUGGUUGUGGUUCCGGUAUGCUUUCGAUCGGGGCGGCACUGCUUGGCGCUAGCAAUGUUACUGGUGCGGAAAUCGAUCCAAACGCAGUGGAGAUUUUCUCACAGAACUGUAGGGAAUUCGAACUGGACAACAUUGAUUGCGUGCAGGUGGACGUACUGCAGCUGGAAACGCUGUUCCGCAGUGGACAAUUUGAUAUAGUUUUGAUGAACCCACCGUUUGGAACGAAGCAAAACAGUGGCACUGAUAUGGCAUUCCUGCGCAUUGGCAUCAAGUUGGCAAGGUGCGCUGUGUACUCGAUGCAUAAAUCAUCAACAAGGGAUUUCAUUCGAAAAAAAGCUGCGCAGUGGGACGUGAAAGGUACGGUACUGGCCGAACUGCGCUAUAAUCUGGAGUCGACUUACAAGUUUCACAAGCGCUCCUCUGUGGAUGUUGCCGUUGAUUUAUGGCGUUUCGACGUAUUGGCUGGAGAAGGGGCCCACAGCAUAGAGGACUCGACCAGAGCUGCCGUCUAGCGGUCUCACCGAUCUGGCACCGACACAACAAUCACAAGUAGAAGAACUUCGCUCUCGAACGCCUCGGGGCGUUGAUGAAUCAACGAUGGCCCGGCUCCAUGAAGAGAGCUUAAAAGGAAUUCACGAAACUACGAUACACUAAAGAUGUCCAUUUUAUACCGAAGCCGCGAACCUCUAGCCAUGAGUACACACACUGGCAACACCUGGAACAAUAUAGCACUCUCGACCACCCCUUACAAUUACAAUUACAACUUAUUGGCAAUAAAUAAUGCGCAUCCCGUCCUCAACCCCGUG